AGGAGGAGACGCACCCUGUGGACCUGAGCUCGCUCUCCAGUAAGCUGCUCCCGGGCUUCACCACGCUGGGCUUCAAGGACGAGAGAAGGCACAAAGUCACGUUUCUCUCCAGUGCUAGCACCGCGCUCUCCAUGCAGAAUAACUCAGUGUUCGGAGACUUGAAAUCGGAUGAGACAGAGCUGCUGUAUUCAGCCUAUGGAGAUGAGACGGGCGUGCAGUGUGCACUGAGCCUGCAGGAGUUUGUGAAGGAUGCUGGGAGCUACAGCAAGAAGAUGGUGGACGAGCUCCUGGACCAGAUCACAGGCGGGGACCACUCAAGGAUGCUGUUCCAGCUGAAGCAGAGGAGAAAUGUUCGCACGAAACCUCCGGAUGAUGUGAAGGUUGGGGACACGCUGGGAGAGGCCGGUGCCUCUGCUUUGGACUUCACCUCCAUGCGGCCCUGCCCCGAGGUCUCACUGGACAUCUCCAUGCUGGGUGCUCUGGGGAAAGUGAAGAAGGAGCUACACCACGAUGACGGCCACUUGAGCUUGGACGAGACAACCAAGCUCCUGCAGGACCUGCAUGAAGCGCAGGCAGAGCGUGGAGGCUCCCGACCCUCAUCUAACCUCAGUUCCCUUUCCAACACCUCUGAGCGGGAUCCUCACCAUCUGGGAAGCCCGUCCCACCUGAGUGUCGGGGAGCAGCCGGAUGUGACCCACGACCCUUACGAGUUUCUUCAGUCUCCAGAACCCGCAGCCUCUACCAAGAACUAGCCUCGUAGGUAGCCUUCAGUUGUUUCACUUUGUUGAGUUUUCACUCGCGUCUACAGUUUCGUCGUGAGACAAAGACUUACGUUUCCCGCUUUGGUGUGCGGGAAGCAGUCCCAGGAGGUGAUGAACUGUCUGUGACAUCACUGUCAGCAGCGCCGCUCCUGGGCACCGGGCCCCAUUGUGUGGACUUUGAAUAGUGGCAACCAUAUACAAGGGCAUGUGGCUGGCUUGCCCCGAGCACCAGCGUCAGACGCGGGCAGGCUGUUGUCUCUGCACGCGUCUUGUUUCUGCCCGUGUCUGGUCAUGGCCCUGGGAAACAGACCAGAGUGUGUGUGCUUGUGCUGAGUGGCCUGUGUCCCAUCGCAAGCCCACAUUUCCCAGGCAGUAGGGUCCCCAGAGGACAGCCUGAGGUGGGGCAGUCUCCUCGUUGCUGUUUGGACGAGCGUGGGAGAGGAGUGGACACAGUGAGCCUGUGACAGAAGAAUCCAGUGUCCAUGAAGCACAUUGUAACUGGGUGUCUACUGGAUGCCUGCUUACCUCUGCAAAGUGCUGUAAAUACAGAUCUUAAUAAAGAGACAUGUUCAAAGA